UGCCGGAACGGUAAGCGGUGUUACAGUUUCUACACGAACACGGACGGUGUUACGGUCAAUGACGUCAGCGCCAUAACAUAACACGGACGAGAUUGCACGGUUAAAGUACCGACGGAAGAAUAAUUAGGUUAUAACGUGUGGUCUACAAUAGCUAGCGGGGGCCGUGCUGACCCGAUAGGGACCGAAUGAAACCGAACUUAUUGAAACUAAAACACGAGCGAACUAUGAACCGAAGUAAUUUCUGCCUCUGAAAGUCAGGACGACAAGACACACCAAGGCCAUCAUGUUCAGCUUCCUUGGACUCCGGAAAGACUCCAAGAAGGCAGCACACGAGAAGGAAGCGGAUGGAGGCUUUGUUAUCGUUGGAGAGACGGUGGAGGAGCAGAAGAGGAAGAUGCAGACCGUGAACAUCGCGCAGCCAUCGACCAACGUCAUCGUGCAGCCGUUUAGGCCACCCUAUCCAGCUCCUGCUCAACCCGCCGGCACGAGGGACCCGGCGCCGCUGCCGAACACAGCGCCGGCCACCGAGACUCUCCCGGAUCUCCUCGGGGACGUCCCCUUCACGCUCGCUCCCCAUGUCCUGGCCGUGCAGGCGGGGCUCCCCCUCAUCCCCGACGUGCUGCUGUCCCGGGACGUGAACUACAACCUGGCUAGCUUCCAGUACGACUUCACUUUAGAGAACUCUGUGCUUCACAGCGCCUAGUCUGUCAGAGUGCCGAUGUCAGCGCUCUAGGGAACUCUGUCUGAUGUCGGGUAUUUGGGAGGUUCCGGCCCUGCAGCACACUGAACAAGUGCAUGUGAUUCUGUAGCAUUAGGAACAAGUAGAAGCUUACACGAGACAUACGAUAGUUUGUGGAACUGUUAUUCACUCGUAUCCAUUUUCAUUGAAAUCCAAAGACGCCACAUUGGAAAGGAAGCGUCCAAUGUGUGCAACUGAUGACGGGAACACUUUAAAAGACCCGAGUGGACUUGUGGUGGUCUUGUUCCUCGUUGUGUGGCUCUCUGUUCGGCCUGCCGGUUACUUCUGUGUCCGAUAUGAGCCGGGCUAUGAAGGGUGUAUAUUAUACAUACACACAUGUUCCACUACAGACACGGUGCAGCGUGUCAACACAAUGUCCUCUGACUCAGCGGGACACCUGCGCUUUAUUGCUUUUUGGGUUUCUAGCAGUUCCGAUGACCUUCGCACUCAUCAAGGAAUUUUCUGAGAUCUGGGAACAUUGCGACAAAAACAAAUCAAAGGGGUAAAGCCAAAAAUUGCGUUGGCCUAACCUGGUGACCUUGUUUUGCGACCCUUCUGAUCAUGUGAGUGGUAGAACCCGGACUCAGGCUUGGGUUCAUGUGUGCUUAUUUUCAAAUCAGUUUUAUUCAAUGUUUCUCUCUCUAACUGUGCCGGUCUGCGUGGGUCUUUAUUUGCAGGCGUAGUCGUCUCUGUCGUUGGGCUCCAGAUCUUUGUUGGUGGGUCUUGAAGACCCGGGUACCAGCCUGGUCCAGGUCUCAGUUUUAUGUCUCCUGACACUUUUUAGCGAUGCCUCAGUUUUGCCAGAUCUCAGCAAAUACCUUUUACAGUCCGUUUAUUACAGAUAUGAAUGGUGGCCAGAACCACAAUAACCAGGUUCUCUAAAAUGUAAAUAGUACUUUAAGUGAUGGUUGAUAUGUUAUUGCACAGAAGUUUAGUACUCGGACAACAAAUGGCAUUCAUCAUGGAUGGAAUUUACAGUAACACUACUUUUACUAACUCCAGCUCUUGUGUAAUAUUUUGAUAUGGUUAAUUUUGCUCCCUGGAUUUGGCCUUCCUUCUGAUCCAGCAUAAUCUUCUGCCAGCUUUUUCCAUCAGUCUUUGCUUUCUCGUGUUCACGGCACACAUUUAGCAGUAGAAUGCAGUAAAAGAAAUAUACAUCCCACUAGUAAUGCCCAGAGUUUGUACAUGUUUUACUACCAGCAUGUACUGUGCUCUGUCUAUACCUAAGAGAUGAAGCUGUAUGACUACUGUUUACAUAAUCAAUGAGUGGUGUCUAUGAGGACUGUCUGACCUGAUGCUGAAGAGUGGCCUGGUACUCCCUCUCUGCUGCUCUGAGUUUCUAGGCUUUUAUUGUGAAACAUCUGCUUACUGAUAGUUACAUAACAUCAAUUUGAAAAACGCAAAACUGAGUGGAGAAGAUUGAAAAUGAUUGUAUGAAACUAGUACGUAUGUUGAAACUCAGAGUGAGUGUUAGAGUGAAGGGAAUUGUAGUUCCAACAUGUUUUCCAGCCAGGCUUUGUCGGCAUACGGCCUCCUUUAGUUCUUCCUGGUUAUUAUUUGAGUCUCAGUUAUUUGAAUGUGAUUUUUUUAACAGAAGGCUUUAUUGCGGGUACACACUGUAAGCAUAAGGGGGUUGGUGAUUAGAUUGAUGUGUGUAUCCUGAUUUGAAUCAUGUAGUUGGCUCGAUUGUCUCCGUUACCAGGGUGAUUUUGGUUUGAGUUAUUUUGCAAAUAGCCCCAGAAAUAAAUAUAGAAUUUCUGCUGGGAAAAGGAAAUGCAUUUGCAUAGACCUGAUUGUACCCAGGAAUUUACCAAAUACUGUAUUUGUAGCUCUUGAUUGUCUGUACAUAGUCAAAUUUGGUCUCAUCUAACCUGUUGUGCCUUUUUAAUAUACAGUAUUUUAGAAGUAAGCAUUCAGCCACCAGUUGACGCCCACUUAGAUCGUCCUCCUAAACAAUGUUAUUAUUAAAGUGUACAUCUGUUGGCAUUUACAAAUAAAGUUUAAGAGCAUUGUC